AUGUUAUUUAAAGAGUUUAUAAGUAAUAAUGAGAAGUUUCUAAAAUCCAGUGAAAUUAUCAACUGCAAAAAUAUAAAAUAAUUAAAUUUAUCAAUAAAGUAAUUACUUUUUUUUUGCUUAAAAUUAGAUAAUUAUAAGUAAAAUUUUUUAUUUAUCUAAAAAAUAAAUUUAUUUUUAUUAAAAGAGAAUUGCCUGAAAAAAGAAAAAUAGAAAUCAAAAGAUUAACAAAAAAAAUAAAAAGAAUAGUUAAAUUAAAUAUAGAUUGAAUUUACUAAAAUGAAUAACUAAAUAUUUCUUAAUUAAUAGUACAUUAAAAAAAUUGAAUAUAAAAGUUGUAUAAAAUUUUUGAAUAUUUUAUUUUAUUUUUGGAAAAAGAAAUUGAAUUAUUAUCAUAAUAAAAUAAUCAUUAAAAUAAUUAAUUAAAAAGAUGAGAGUUAAAUGCCUUUUUACUAAUCAAUAUUUAAUUAAAAGAAAUUUAGACAAAUGUUUAGCUUUAAAAAAAAGAUUAAAUUUUGA